AGGUUAAAAUCAGCUGCUUUUGGGUUCAUCCUCGAUUUUAUUCUUCCAUAUUCUCGAAUAACCUGGUUUUAACUGCGCCAUCAAGCAUAGACCACGAGCCCCCUUGUGUACACACACAGUGCCACACACACACACACACACACACACACAUACACACUCUCUCUCUCUCACACACACACACACACACACACCACCUCCAACGCGUUACAUCAAUUCCUUCUCCGCGACUGUACGCGGCUGCUGCUGUUGUUGUUGUUGUUGUUGUUGAUGUUGCGCCGCCGUUUGCGUCGUAAUAAUAAUAAUAAUAAUAAUAAUAAUACAAAUAUAAUAAAGUCAAGAGGUGAAGAGAAGACGACGCGGUGUGCUGAUCAGCCAAAAGCCAUGAGACAGGAGCUCGGGGUGUGUGUGAGUGAGAAACACAGCGGGCUGAGAGAGCUACAAACCCGGCCCAGAUGCAGCUGAGAGUCCGAGCAGCGCGCGCUCCAUUUUACUCUAAACUCCUAUAAUAAUAAUAAGAAUAAUAUAAAUAGUAAUAAUAUUAAUAAUAAUAGUACUACUACUACUACUAAUAAUAAUAAUAAGCCUCCUCGUUGUGCACCGGAGACGACUUUGCAUUUGUUCCCUGACCGUCCGAGGACUGAGGAUUGUACCCUUCCGGACACAGAGGAGAAAUGGAUUUGGAGGAAUAAUAAAACAGCAGAACUGAAGGAGGAAGACAUUAAAAACACCAGCCGCCCCGGACGACGACAUGCGCGCGCAGUGACAGGGACAGGGACCGCGCGCCGCAGCGCUGCGAAAAAGCCUCCGCGAGACAACUUUCUACCGCCCCGGUCCGGCUGGCACUCUCACCCCGAACAUGGUACGUCAAUCCACUGCCUUUCAUCUGUCCGUUCUGCUUUCAUUUCCUGCACGCGAUCAUCCCGAGUUCUCAUCCCGUGUCCUUAAUAAUUAAUAAAUAAACUCAGCUCGAGAUCUCCGCGAGAAGAAGAAGAACAAGAAGGAGAAGAAGAAGAGUCGUAAUGUAACGCGUUUCGGGGUUUUUCUCUCCGCUUCCUCUCUUUCUACAGCCGGUUGCUCCGGGGGUUUUCUCUCUCUCUCUCUCUCUCUCUCUCUCUCUCUCUCUCUCUCUCUCUCUCUCUCUCUCUCUCUCUCUCUCUCUCUCUCUCUCUCUCUCUCUCUCUCUCUCUCUCUCGCCUUCCUGGUCCCGAGCCAAGCGUUCAGCUUAGUGGGAAACGUUAAGGCGUGUGUUUGUGCGAUCAAACCCCCAGACUUGGGCUUUUUCUUCCCCUCGGUGAAAGUUAUUAGUUUCUUUGCCAGCCUGAGGAAAAAAACAGGGCAGAUAGCCUACGUGUGUGUGUGUGUGUGUGUGUGCAUGCAUGUUUGUAUGUCUGUCUGUCUCUCUCUUUCUCUCUCUCACACACACACAUGCACACACACGCACACGCACGCAAGGCCAAUUUCAAGUUCAAACCCGCCGUUGCAUGAAAAUGGCCGCGGCCGCAGCCCGGAGCUCACCGGCAUGAAGUUGAAGCCGCAGGCCGGCGGAGGCGCUCCGUCUCUGGGAGGAAUCUCAGCCCGAGCGCCGGAGCUCCGCGCGGCUCUGCGGCGCCUGUGAAGCUGCACUGCGCUACUGCACCCCCUCUUCACCCCCCCUCUACUGUUCGCCGGUACGGGAUUAUAAACAACAAACCCACCCACCCCCCCACCCCCCCCCAACCCACACACACACACACACUCACUCGGCGUGUCCAUAAAACUGAAAGUGCACCUAAUAACGGCUUGUUUAGGGCUGCAGCACACAGGGCCAUGUCAGGGCCAGCUCAGCGCCAAGCAGUCAAUAAAAACACUUCACUAGCUAUACUCACACAGCCGCGUCUAUUGUUGUUGUUGUUGUUUUUAAAUUAUUUGUUGUUGUUGUUUUAUUUUUAGCUUCACGUCACACUUCGACACUUACAUCCCGCUUACACUCGUCUUUAAUCUGACUUCACUUUCACUCUGGCCCGAGUUCAGAGCUGAAUAAUUUUACAACACAACAAUGCACAAGCUCACAAAAGCACACUUAUUUUAUUAGUUCAUGAUCUUAGAUCAGUCUCAGCAAGGACAUUUUCGGUUUCUAUCCAGGAAGUGUGUGUGUGUGUGUGUGUGUGUGUGUGUGUGUGUGUGUGUCUUCCUCUUCCCUUCUGCUUAUAAUUUAAUACAUUUGUAUUAUUACCCUCCUUCUACCCGGCUAUAAACUUUAUUUAUUUUAUUUUUUUUGUAACCUGUAACUCAAAUUGAAACUUUUCUAAAAGUACUAAAGGUCCUGUUAUUAUGUUGCAAGAAGUUUAGAAUUUUUUUUUUAAAUUUCUAUAUAUAGAUAUAGCCUAGCUAGAAGACUUAUUAUUAUUAUUAUUAUUAUUAUUAUUAUUAUUAUUAUUACUAUAUUUUCAGAAGUAUUUAUCAUGUGUGUAGAGACAUGCACGACUUCAUGAAGUUCAGGUUCUCAGGUUAUAGAGUACUG